UGUCACUCUGUCACCUAUGAAACGCAGGUGCGCUGCCUCCCAAGCACAUACACUACCCAGCCACACAGCAUUACUGGGAUGAGGAGGAUGGUAGCAGCCCCGCGUCACUAUUGGCACUGGUUUUGCCUCUUGGCCGUUGUCUUCUGCUUCGUGGUUAUCCAGAUGGACCAGUUUGACCCUGGAAGCCUUACCACAGUGGCCUCACCUGUGUCCACACCUGUGGCGGCAAAAAGCACCACUCUCUCCUCGCGCAGCAACACGGCGCCCCGCGAGUUCAAAUGCGACCCCGCCAGCAAUAGUACCAUCCCCUCUUACCUGCCCGAGGCGCACAAGGACUUCAUCCGCUACAAACACUGUCGGGAGUUCCCCGUCUUGCUGAGUCCGACGCCCUGCGAGGAGGACGUGCACCUGCUGCUGGUGAUCAAGUCCACGGCCAUGCAGAUUGAGCGCCGCGCCGCCCUGCGCGAGACCUGGGGCCAGGCGGGCUUCGUCCAGGGCCGACGGGUCAAGCUGCUCUUCCUCAUGGGCCGCUCGAAGGAGGACGUGCGGGGGUACAACAUCGAGCCCAUGCUGCAGUGGGAGAACCGGCGGCACGGGGACAUCCUGCAGUGGGACUUCCUGGACUCCUUCUUCAACCUCACGCUCAAGGAGCUGGGCUUCCUCGACUGGUACUCCGAGUCGUGCCGCAGCGCCCAGUUUGUGUUCAAGGGCGACGACGACGUGUUUGUCAACACGCACAACCUGCUCGAGUUCCUGAGCGGACACAGUCCCAACGAGCACCUUUUCACGGGGGACAUCAUCCCCAUCGCCUGGCCUAUUCGAAACAGGAACAGAAAAUAUUUCAUUCCUGUGGAGAUGUUCCCCAACGGUAAGGCUUACCCAGCCUACGCGGGCGGAGGCGGCUAUCUGAUGUCCAGGAAGACUGUGCUGGGCCUGAAGGAAGCAGCCAAGGACAUCGAGCUGUUCCCCAUCGACGACGUGUACACGGGCUUCUGCCUGAAGAAGAUGGGGGUGAAGCCUCGACUCCACCCGGGCUUCCGGACUUUUGGCUUCAGUCACGGCUUCAAGCACUUUGACCCGUGCAUCUACCGAGACAUCAUGUUGGUGCACAAACUGAAUCCAGUGGAGAUGUGGACUAUGUGGGCCCUUGUGAAUGAUCAAAACUUUAUAUGCAAAUAAAUGAUGUGGGGGCCUGUGAUGGCCAAGGGAGGGAGGGACAAAGGGGUCUAGGUUGUCCUGGGCUCAGGGAGAGAGGGGGGUCCGGAAUUGGGUCCUCAUUACAUUGCAUGUAUUGCAUGAGAGGGGGGCCUUUCAGUUUACUUACAGCUGGGCCUGAGCCAAUGUUGCUAGCAGCAGAACUUUAUACCAACAUGAACUGAAGCAAAUACGCUUACCCUGUGGUAGGCCUAUUUGUGUGUGUGUGUGUGUGUGUGUGUGUGUGUGUGU